AUGGCAGCCAAAUCCCUCCAUGACAAUUCUUUCUCCUUCUCCAGGAGGUAUUUCCAUUUGAAAAAGAAAGCUUUGGAUGAGGAAGAUGAGCUGGAAGAAAUAGAGAACAUCAGUUUAUCCUCACAUUUCCAUAUGGAUGAUGAGAAACAAAAAGAUCAUCAUCUCAGAAUCCAAAUGGAAGCACAACUCGGUGCUGUUGUGCCAAUGGAAAAGAAGCAGCAUUCAAAGUCCAAGUUCAAGUCACCUCUGACUGUGUUGAAUAGGAGUCGUUCAGUUCACAUAAACUCAUCCUCACAUUUCCAUGAAGAUGAUGAUGAGAAAAACGAGGAUCAUCACCACCUCAGAAUCCAAAUGCCACCAGAACUUGUUGAAAAGAAUAAGUUUUGGAAGUCCAAGUUCAAGUCAAUUAUAACUGUGUUCAGUAAGAGUCGUUCACUUCACAACUCUGGCUUAGGCACACGUGUGGUGGGUACCCUUUUUGGCUACCGUCGUGGGCAUGCUCAUUUUGCAUUCCAAGCUGACCCCAAGUUGAGCCCUGCAUUCUUGAUCGAGCUAGCAACUCCAACAAGUGUUUUGGUCAAGGAAAUGGCUUCUGGGUUGGUCAGAAUUGCAUUGGAGUGUGAGAAUAAGGCAGGGUCGACCAAGGGUGUGAAGUUGCUAGAGGAACCCCUUUGGAAAACUUAUUGCAAUGGAAGGAAAUGUGGGUAUGCAAAUAAGCGUGAGUGUGGGCCAGAGGAGUGGAAGAUAUUGAAAUCAGUGGAGACUAUUUCAAUGGGUGCUGGUGUGUUACCAAUGUUAGGUAGUGGUAAUGGAUCUGGGUUAGAAGGUGAACUCAUGUACAUGAGAGCCAAGUAUGAGAGGGUUGUGGGGUCUAAGGACUAUGAAGCCUUCUACAUGAUGAACCCAGAUGGUAGUGGGGGUCCUGAGCUCAGCAUUUACUUGCUUAGAGUUUAA